UGACAAAAGGCAUUAACACGCAGUCACGGAAGAAAACGCCAUUAUGCUGCAUUACGUACAUUCUACUGUAGAUGUAUAGAAUCGUUCAGGUUCAUAUUAGACACAACGAUCUGUAACUUGCGUACUUUAAAAUCUGACCGAAGAUGCCCCCAAAAACUGUAAAAAAGAUCCUGAACGACGUGCUUGGAGAUUUACAAUCGAAAAACUUUAAAAAGUUUAAAAAUUAUUUGUCCGAUCGCGACCAGGAACCCCGUAUUCCAGUGUCAGUCAUCGAAAAUGCGGAUGAAAUGGAUAUAGUGGAUGCUCUUGUGAGAACGUACACUGAGAAGAAAGCUAUUUCAGUGGCGAUAGAGGUCCUUCGGGAUAUUAAUUGUCUUGAUCUUGCAGAAAAGCUUGAGAAUUACAUGAAAGAGGAACAGGGACCUCCUGUUGGAAGGCACGCAAUUGGAUGCAGACACUUGGUGGACGUCCACCGGGCCGCUCUGAUCCAAAGAGUCACCUCAGUGGGCGUCAUCUUGGAUGAUCUCCUGGGACAGGAGGUCUUAAGUGACGAGAAGUACAACGAAGUGACUGCAGAGAAGACCCGUCAGGACAAGAUGAGGAAGCUGUAUGACGUCAUAAGCGCAGCCAGCAGUGAAGGGAAAGACGUUUUCUACAAGAGCCUUGAGAAACAUGAGAAAUUUCUUAUGAAAGACCUCAUAGGUUAACUGAUAGACCAACUGA